AUGCCGGCUAUAUCCAGUCCCGCUCGAGGUUUGCUGGAGCUUCUGGGAGGUGCAAUUGCUGCUUUGGCGUUGGCUGCCAACGUCAGUAUGGACGACAUCCACGAAGAGACAAAAGCCAUGGCCCGACUCUGUCGUAGCCACGGCACUUUCUGGAAACUUGAGGACCGACUUCGCACCGUCUUUCACGCCAAAUUUGGUGAUUUACCGGUGGAGUCGUUGACGCACAGUCGCCUGACGAUCGCUACAAAGAAAAUGUGGCCAGUCCGAGCCUCGGUGCUGACCGAUGACUUCCGCUCGACGGAUGAUCUUUGUGAUGCGCUCAUAGCGUCAUGCUACUUGCCUUGGUACGUGGCCCGACGAGGCACUACGCUGUUCCGAGGCGAGUACCACGUGGAUGGAGGUCUUAUCACGUUAGUGCCGGAAGUGCAGAACUACACGAAGGUGUGUGUGUUUCCUGGAACUAUUAUGCGCCGCAAAGACUAUGACAUUAGUCCGUCGAUCGAUCCAGAUUUUCCCUUUUCGUUCUUGCAGUUGCUGCGCUUUGCUUUGUUUCCACCGGAAACUGAUGUGCUGGAUCAAUUGUUUGAUUUGGGGAAGACAUCGGCGAGGAUUUGGGCAGAGAAGCAAACAGCGCAAGUGGAAGGAUGUACUGAUGUAACAUAA